AUUAAGCGCCGGGCCUGCGCACUGACUCAUUCUCGUUUUAAGUCGCUGUAUCUUACAACCCCUUGCUUUCAGUCCGGCCGUGAGAGAGAAGGGUAGUGAGAUGUCGCUGGAUGUGGAAUAUGCCAGACGCAGAAGGAACACACAUGACACUUUCGACUUCCAUAGAGAAUUUGACCAUCGGGUUGAUGCUACUCAUCGACGGGGGUCUCUGUGUGAUAGACACUGCGGUAUAAAUAUCCCUACAGACUUGGUGGAUACACAUUCUGGUUCUCAUCAACAUAGCCUCCUGACUCCCAGAUUGCUGCCUGGGGCAUCUUCUACUCCUGUGUUUUGUCCACAUGGCUCAGAAGAAGUUCAGCCAUGUAAUGUCUGCAUGAUAAAAACCACAAUCACUGCUGAAAAUGAGGUUGAGGCUCUUAAACUCUCAAAUAACUACAAAUUUGGCUUUAAAAAGUGGAAAGGUCAUGUUACAGAGAGGCCUUGGGAAGAUCGAUCUGAAAUUGUGAAGGAACUCUAUUCAGAACUAAAUACAGUGAAGACUCAUAGUGAGUCUCUUAUAACCUUUGGAAACCUCCUCUAUGUCAUACUCUUUGGAUGGUGGAUAACUCUUUUUUAUCUCCUGGUGUCAGCUCUUAUGUUUUUCUCUAUCAUAGGGGCACCAUAUGGUGGGCUAUGCUGGAGGCUUGCUGGAUAUUUUAUUUGGCCUUUUGGAAAAGUCAUUUUGAAGAGUGGCACAGGCCAUACUAGAAAGUGCUGUGUGAGAUUUACGAAGUGUGAAGCCAUUCCAGAGGUGGAUGAAAUGGAGAAGACUCCCCUUAUUGACAAAUGUGAGAGACUUCAUACAGAUUUCCAGCAUUCUGAUAUGGGCUACUGGUGUCGUAUCAGUACUUACGUCUGGCUCGUGCUUGGGUUUCCAGUGCUUGCAGUUACACAUGGACUUGCUUGCUUUGUUUCCUGGAUUCUGGUUUUCUUUAUUCCAAUCUCUAGGAUGAAUGCAAGAACACUGUCGAAGUUGCUGCUUGUACCUCCAGAACAGGUGCAGAUACGGAGCUCAAACAAGAUGGAAGGAUCGUUUGAGACCAGUAUUACCCUGUGUUGCUACCACGCAGUGAAUAUCUAUUAUUAUAAAUAUACAGUGGAUGGACUAAAUGUUUUUGCUGUCAAUCUAAUACUGUUGGUCAUUGUAUCGCUAACUCUAGGAUAUGCAGACCACCAUAACCAUUACACCAGCUCCUUAGUCAAAUUUACACUCUCCCUCGUCUCUAUUAUGCCCCUGUCAUAUUAUAUUGGAAUGGCAAUAGCAAGUGUUUCAGCACAGAGUAACUUUGCAGUAGGUGCUGUGGUGAAUGCAACAUUUGGCUCCAUUAUUGAACUGACCUUCUACAUCACAGCUUUGAUCAAGGGUGCACGUGAGGGGAACCGGUGCUAUGAGGAAGUAGUGAAGUCUGCCCUAACUGGCACAGUUCUGGGGUGUGUCCUCUUCGUUCCUGGUUUGUGUAUGAUAAUUGGGGGAAUCAAGCAUCGGGAACAGAGGUUUAACAGCAGGUCAGCUGGAGUUGGCUCGGCUCUGCUAUUCAUAUCUGUGGGAGGUGUAUUUGCACCAACUCUUUUUUCAAAAGUGUAUGGUAAGAUGAUAUGCGGGGAAUGUAUGGACAUCAGCCAAAAUGAGACUGAGAGAUACAUCUGCAGCAACUGCCAAACUGAUGUUAUGGAGGUGAACAGUACUGCUUUCUACAGUGAGGUUAAGCCUUUGGUCUACACUGUGUCCAUACUGUUGCCUGCAGCAUAUAUUAUUGGACUUCUCUUCACUCUAAAGACACACUCUCAUAUUUAUGAUAUUCACAUCAGCGAUUGCCAUGUACCUGGGCACCAUCACAGUGCAGUGGUUCACUGGUCCCGAUGGCGAGCAAUGAUUAUAUUGCUGGGCUCCACCUUGUUAAUGUCAGCCUGUGCAGACCUUGCUACUGAGCAUAUCAGUCCUAUUUUGAAAGAAGCGACAGUGUCCCAGUAUUUUAUUGGAGUAACCAUCCUUGCAUUGAUCCCAGAACUUCCAGAAAUAGUCAAUGGCAUUCAAUUUGCUCUUUUGAAUAACCUCAGUUUAAGCAUAGAAAUUGGCAGCUGCAUUGCAGUUCAGGUGUGCAUGUUACAGAUCCCCAUCCUGGUACUGUUCUCUGUCUUCUAUGCAACAGAUUUCACUUUGAUAUUCAGUGACUUGCACCUCUGGGCCAGUAUAUUCAGUGUGAUCUUGAUGAACUACAUCUUUAUGGAUGGGAAGUGUGACUACUUCCAAGGAACUGUGCUUGUGUUUGUGUACUUCAUUCUGCUAGCAAUGUAUUUCUUUGCUCCAUCUCCUGUUGGCUGCUGAUAUACCCAACUUUUCGACUCGGUACAUUUUUUCUAAUCGUAAAGAAAACUUUCAGCUGCGGAGAAGGUACUUGAACAGCUAAAUCUCAAAGAGAAAAGUGACAGCAGCCGAGAAUUGGAGAAAGCUUUGCUGCUGACAUGUCUGUUAGAAAGAAACAAACUCUUUAUUCAUUUGGCCCAGAUUUUCUAAUACUUUAUUGACCUGGCAAAACAUGCAUUUGAUGAACAUGUGCAGGUACAAUGCUUGCUGCUUCACAUGAUCUUUGUAUCUGAUGAACUAACAUGUUGAAUACUGAGAACGCUCUUCACUUUCAAAUGCACAUGUAUAGUUCUGCUGGCUAAACUAUCUGCACUAGAACUGCACUAAUACUAUUAAAUAGAAUACUUUAUCAA